UGUUCAGCUAACAGCGGAGCUUGGAACGUCAGCAUGAGAAAAUUUGGUGUCCUCUCUUUGCUCUGUCUGGCUUCUCUGACUGGGUAUCACCUUGCUACGUGUCUGAAGAUCGGAAGUUUUAACAUACGGACUUUCGGAAGGUCCAAGAUGUCCAAGCCAGACGUAGUCAACAUUUUGCUCCAGACCGUUGAGAGAUAUGACCUGUUUCUGGUGAUGGAGAUCAGAGACUCUACCCAGACCGCCAUAUAUGACUUCCUGGAUCAACUCAACGAUCGCACAGAAAACCCCUACUCCCUGAUUCUAAGUGACCGUCUGGGCAGAACAAGUUAUAAGGAGCAGUAUGCGUUCUUCUACAAGGAAUCAGCUGGCCUGUCGGUGUCAGGCGCUUAUCACUAUGACGAUGGGGACGAGAGCUCUGGGAACGACACUUUUGCGCGGGAACCGUACGUCGUCUGGUUCAACUCGUCCCGAACAGUCGUUCAGGAGUUUGUCCUGAUUCCGGUCCACACGACCCCGGACCAGGCAGUCCAGGAGACAGACCUCCUGUAUGACGUCUACCUGGACGCCGUUGCUAGGUGGGGCGUCGAUGACGUCAUGGUCCUUGGCGACCUGAACAUCGACUGUAGCUACGUCACUUCCGGCGAGUGGGACCAGAUCCGGCUGUGGACGGACCCGAGGUUCAGCUGGCUGAUCGGAAAUGACGCAGACACAACGGUCAGCUCCACGGACUGCGCUUACGACAGGUUUGUUGUUGCUGGGGAAGAUUUCCUGAACGGAACCGACGUGAGCUCGGCUUCUGUCUUCAACUACAAGGACGCAUUUAACAUCACCCAGGACCUGGCAUAUGACGUGAGUGAUCACUGGCCGAUAGAACUGGAUCUGUACGAGUUAGAAGUCGAGACAACAAGUGUACCCCUACCGACGACCGACGGAAGGACAUCGACUCAAAUCCCGGACCUGCCAACAACGCCCCUGUCGUCAUCCGGGGGAACUGCACACGUGCAGGGAUCCACUGAGACGACAGCAACAGAAAACCACCCGACGACACCCGGACAGUCGACCGAGGGAAAUGCAGUAGUGCAAGACUACAUUGCCGCCUCACUGAGCACAGAACUCUGGUCUGGUCUUCUGGCAGUUUCGGUGGUUGUAUCAUUCCUUAUGGGAAUGCUAGUUUCCAAAGCAGUGACCAUGUACAAAAAAUCCACAGGCCAAGUAAGGUCACACGUAGUAUGACAUUUUCAACAAAAGUACCUGAUACUUUGGGUAAAAACACACAAUGAAGAACGUUUUCCAUGAACAACACAUAUUGCACUAGUUAGGCCGCACUGCCUUAAUUUUAUUGAUGACAUCCUGCUGAAGACCUCCAAACUAGUGCGCGCGGUCGAAGAAAAUAAUUCCGGCCAAAAAUAAAAAAGCUA